UGGUUGAGCCUUGAGCUUAGAGAGCUUGUGGUGGUGCUGGGAAUGACCUUCCUGGGCUACUCUACUCGACUACUCUGCUUUGCUCGGAUGCUGUUUCUCCUCCCUUCAUUGUGCUCUUCUGAUUUCUCGGCUUUGUCGCGGGAACUCCCUUUUUUCAGUUGCGGCCAUUUUUUCCGAAGUCGCUGCAAGGGUUUUAGCGGAGGAGGGGGUUAGGCACGGAAUAGAUCGAGAGGCGUGGUUACUUGAGAGUGGAAGGGCUCUGUGAUUCUUUCAUCGGCUGGAUAGUGGAAUGUUUUGGUUUCUGUUUGGAUAAUUCUGGUGCGGGAGGUGGAGCUUAACUCUGUUGUUAAGUUUUGCUCCAUGGGAAUACUAGAUUAGUGAAAGUGUUUAUCAGUGUGUUCGGCAUUUCAUGGCGUUGUAUGCAGCUUCCUUUUUUUUGGAAGCAGCAUGCUAGCCUGCGGUAAUUCAUCUUCGUUGGUAGCCGUUUUGGUGUUCACGACUGCCAUGGUCUAGGAGACCGUCGUUUUGAGGUGUGAUUUGUCCACAUUGACUCGCUACCUCAGAAGGAGCAUCGCUGCCUCAUGGCACCCGCUUCCCGGUCAAGUUCAACAUCCGUUGAAAGAAGAAACCUGUUGGAAACUACUCUUAAAGGCGUUCGACUUGACAGAGUUUGCUGGGAAUGUCCAAACCCUAAGGGUUUUGGUGUACAGAAACUCAUGGCCAAUGAGCACAUUUUAGGUGUGCUCAAUGCGGUUGAGAAUACAGUUCAAAAUGCUUACACAGGUUGGGAAGAAAAGCGUCAGCUGGGAUCUCGCUCGAAUAUGUUUUGCAAAAUUGAGUUGCCUAAUGCGUGGAGAUGGAAGGGGCGUCAAGCAGCACAAGGCAGUGAGCAAGGAAAGCCUGUGAGAACUGCUUUCUUGUCUACCAGCAUAUCAACGUUUUCAGGCGCAACAACCGCUAACGCAGGUUAUGUAGCGGGGGAUGGUAGUCAGGAGAUGGAGCGGGUGGAGGCACAUUUUAGAGUUCCAGAGGUUCCUGGCUUUGGUAAGUUAAUGAAGCAUCCACUAGCUCUCGUAAGCUUCGUACCAAGGGAGUUGGCCUUGUUCUUCGCCGGAGCUGUGGCGGGAGCAGCAGCAAAGACAGUCACCGCUCCAUUGGAUCGAGUGAAGCUUCUUAUGCAGGUGCAUGGUGUUCGAAUGGCACAGGAAGGUAGCAGACAGGGCAUUGGACUAUUACAGGCAGUAGCUCAGAUAGGGAACGAAGAAGGUAUUGCAGGGUUUUGGAAAGGAAAUGUCCCACAGGUUGUCCGUGUCAUACCUUACAGUGCGGUGCAACUUUUUGCUUAUGAGGUUUACAAGAAAUUGUUCAAAGGUGACAAUGAAGAACUUCCAGUUGUUGGUAGACUUGCUGCUGGCGCAUGUGCGGGGAUGACCUCCACUUUGGUGACAUAUCCAUUAGAUGUUUUGCGACUGCGGCUGGCUGUGGAUCCAACUACCAGAUCUAUGGGUCAGGUGGUUGGAACAAUGCUUCGAGAGGAGGGGUUGAAGUCUUUCUACAAAGGGCUUGGACCAUCUCUGCUGGGCAUCGCACCGUACAUCGCUCUAAAUUUCUGCGUGUUUGACUUAGUGAAGAAAUCUCUUCCAGAGGAUUUCAAGAAAAAACCUGAAGCGACGUUCAUGACUGCCUUGGUAUCUGCCUCUUUUGCGACGGCCAUGUGUUACCCGCUCGAUACUGCGCGGCGACAAAUGCAAAUGAAGGGCUCGCCUUUCAACUCUUUUAUGGAUGCAAUUCCAGGUAUCAUUAAUCGAGAUGGUUUCUUUGGACUGUAUCGUGGUUUUGUUCCAAACGUGCUGAAAAACCUUCCUAACAGCAGCAUUCGCUUGACGACUUUUGAUGCCGCCAAGAACCUAAUUAGCGCUAGCCAGGUGGAAUACCAGAAAGUCCUUGAGGAGCAUCAGAAAUCCUUAACCAACUCUUAGAUUUAGAAAGAAUUCCAAUUCAUUCAAAUAUUUCAGAUUUUAAGUCACAGUUUGUGGCUCGAGUAGCAGCAGCCAUUUUCAUCAUUCUAUUCAAGAUCCUUCUCCAACCGCUGGGUGAGAACUUUUGCAGGCUAGGAUAUGUUGCUUGAGCAGACCUUCAUGUCGGAGUAAUUGGUUAUUGAUAACACAUUCAGUUAUCCACGCAGAUCUUCCACCGUGAUCCGACGUGUUUUACCAUCUGUAUACUAUUAUUCAGAAUCGAGUGUCUACUGACCAUUUAAUUUUGGAUAGA